AUGGGCUGGACGGGGUUUCUGGGGCUGUUCCUGCUGGGCUGCUCUCCCCUGGCCGCCGUGGGCUCCGUCUGCAUCUUCCCCAAGUCGUUUCUACUGCUGCUGGCGCUGGGCAGUGCCUUCUUCUGGCUGCUCACACUAUUCCUCAUAUCGGCGCUGUUCAGAGCCUGGGCCCCGCUGCCAGCAUCCCCCGGGCCCUAUGCUGCCCUAGUGCUGGUGGCGGUGCUGGUCCAGGAGCUGGCCAGGGUGGGCAUCUGGCGCUUCCACAGGCAAGCGGCAGGCAGUGUGCUGAGCGUGCGCGUGCUGCAGCGCAUCGCAGCCGAGCAGGGCGACGCGCCGCUGUCCGCCGCCGACCGCGCCUCGCUGGCGCUGACGCACGGCCUCAGCCACGCCGCCGUGCACUCCGCCUUCUUCUUCUUGGCCUGGCUGCCGCUCAGCCUGGGGGACGGCACCAUCUACAGCCCGCACUGCCCCCACAUGUCGUACUUUCUGGUGGGCGCGCUGAGCACGCUGGGCCUGGCCGCCCUGCUGGCGGGCGGCAUGGUGCUGUUCUUCGACGGGCUGGAGCGGCGGGAGGUGGGGCGCGCGGCGGCGGUGCCCAUGGCGCACGCCGCGGCCGCCCUCCUCACGCUGCUGAAUCUGGCAGACGGCGGCUGCAUGGUCAGCAUGCCGCUGCUGCUGGCGGGCGGCGGCGGCGUGGCGGCGUACGCGGCGCGGGUGUGGUGGCAGCGCACCACCUCGCCCUCGGUGCCGCCACGGCUGCUGGCGGCGCGGCGGGCGGCGGCGGCGGGGGUGGCAUUGAGCGGCGACGCGGGGGGCAGCAUUUUGGCGGGCGAACGAGAGAGGGAGCGAUAG